AUGAGUAGGGUUGCUUCUGCGCCGGGAAAAGUUUUGAUGACUGGUGGAUAUCUUAUUCUGGAGAGGCCUAAUGCAGGGAUUGUACUAAGUACAAAUGCCCGAUUUUAUGCUAUUGUCAAGCCGCUUUAUGAGGACCUUAAACCUGACAGUUGGGCAUGGGCAUGUUCAGAUGUGAAACUGACAUCUCCUCAGAUGGGUAGAGAAACUAUGUAUAAACUGUCUCUCAAGCAUCUGCAGCUACAGUGUGUAUCUUCAAGUGAUUCAAGAAACCCAUUCGUAGAAUAUGCAUUGCAAUAUGCUAUAGCAGCAGCACAUGCCACCUUUGACAAUACUAAGAAGGAGGAGCUACAUAAACUUUUGUUGCUAGGUCUUGACAUUACGAUUUUAGGCUGCAAUGAGUUCUAUUCAUAUAGAAAUCAGAUUGAAGCCCGUGGCCUGCCUCUAUCUCCCGAUUCACUGGCUUCUCUCCCACCUUUCACUUCGAUCACCUUUAAUGCAGAGGAAUCUAGUGAACAAAAGAGCAAACCCGAAGUUGCCAAAACUGGAUUGGGCUCGUCUGCUGCUAUGGCAACUGCAGUUGUUGCUGCUUUACUUCAUUACCUUGGAGUGGUCAAACUUUCCUUAGAAAAUAGUUCUCUGCCAGAGGAUCAAGUCUCGAAGGAACUGGAUGUCGUGCAUAUCAUAGCUCAAACUGCUCACUGUAUAGCGCAGGGUAAAGUCGGUAGCGGUUUCGACGUGAGCUCUGCUGUUUACGGAAGUCAAAAGUAUAUCAGGUUUUCGCCUGAAGUACUUUCUUCUGCUCAGGAUGUUGCUCGAGGGCUUUCAAUACAAGAGGUCAUUGAAGAUGUGCUAAAAGCCAACUGGGAUCACAAGAGAACGAAUUUUCAGUUGCCACCAAUGAUGAUGUCACUGUGGGCAGAGGGAGCUGUGGGGCCAUACCAAAUAGAAGUGAUUAAAGCACUCUUAGGAGCUAGAGAUUCCAUGUUGUCAAUCCGGACUACUAUGCGCAAGCUGGGCGGGACUGCCGGAAUUCCCAUAGAGCCCGAAUCACAAACCAGUCUGCUAGAUACCACGAUGAAUACAAAAGGAGUUCUAUUGGCUGGUAUUCCUGGUGCAGGUGGAUUUGACGCGGUGUUUGCCAUUACCUUGGGAGCUUCAAGCAGCAAUGUCGUGAAGGUCUGGAGUUCGCUCAAUGUUCUGGCCUUGCUAGUGAGAGAAAAUCCACGUGGCGUUCAUCUAGAGGCCAACGAUCCACGAACUACCAAGAUUACUGACUCGGUUUCUAACAUUCAUAUUGGGUAA